AUGCUUUUGGAAGGCUCAGGUUGCGGUUACUUACCAAUGGAGCGAGAAAACCUGGCAGCUACAAUGGAAGUAAAUACUCCUGGUGAUCUCAAAGAGUCAUUUAAUGUCAAUUCUCGGGAAGCACAAAACAAAUGGCCUGAUUUAGUGGAUUUCAAAGCAACUUGUAUAGAUUAUUUCGAUAGAAUGGUGAAGCUUGCAUUCAUUAUUAUGCGGAUUUUUGCUCUUGCACUUAAUCUGCCGACGGAUUAUUUCGACGAAUAUAUUACACCUCCAAAUGCUGUGUUACGUUUACUUAACUAUCCAGCAUUGGAAGGUUCGCCUUUACCUCAGCAGUUGCGAUCUGGUGAACAUACUGAUUACGGCACCCUCACAAUAGUUCGACCGGACUCCUCUGGUCUCCAGGUGUACAAUCGUAGUGCACAGUGGAUCGAUGUAAAGGCACCAAUUGAUAGUUUCGUGCUAUUAUUUACAAUAUUUUGGUCUUAUGUUAUAUUUGAAUUUCUCAACAUGAAACUUUAUGUUGUACUUGUAUGUACAUUUCAUUCAAUAUUAGAUUCAUUUGCAAAUGGUUUAAUUGAUUCUGUUUCUCAACUUGACUUAAGCUUUCGUGAAAAUGAAUUGAAAUAA